UUGUUUCAAAGGUUUCGCUCGCUCUCCAGAAUUCUCCAUUUUUAUUUGUUUGAAUUGUCAGAUUGUGGAGUUUUCAAAAUAAACUAUCAUAUCUAACUUACACUUUCAUGGUUAUUUUGAAAUGGCAAACUACUUUUGCAGAUUAAACUAUGCUAUUUAUGCAGAAUGUGGUGUUUAGUCACAUCCUCUGAUAGUUCCCAAUAUCUUCUGCCAUGUAACAAAGACAUUAUUGUUGGUCGAAAAGAUGCUGACAUAGUUAUAACAGGGGACUCGUCUGUAAGUCGAAAGCAUGGUAUGCUUAGGAUUACACAUCCUCCAUCAAAUUUAAAAAACCCAGAAGCCAUUCCAACAAUCACUGUCACAGACUCUUCAAAGUUUGGAACUUUUAUCACACGACCUGGGACUGAAAAAAUAAAAGUGAACAAAACUGCGAUACUAAACCCUGGAGACUUCAUUCAAUUUGGUGCGCAGCAAAGUAUCUUUGAGUUGCAACACAUUCCCCUUGUGGUAACUUCCUCUUCACUUGAGAAUGAUGUGAAACAGAGACUGAAAGCCUCAAUAUUGCAAAUAGGUGGACACUUUGUGGAUAGCUGGCAUCAUGGGGUUACCCACAUAGUUGUGGAAAAGAUCAAAUUGAGCAUCAAAGUCACUCAAGCAUUGGUAUAUGGGUGCCACAUUGUUGAACCCAAUUAUAUUUGGAAAAUAUCAGAAUUGUUGAGUAAAACUAAAGUUACUCUUCCAUCUGCUGAGCAAUACUUGCCAGAACUGGGUGAACCCAAUCUAUCUGCAGAAUUUUGCUCCUUCAAAGUGAAUAAACAAAGAAGAAGUGUUUUUAGUGGCCGUACUUUUAUUUAUCUCUGUAAAAAGCAGCUCAAACGCUUAGAACAUACGGUACUUGGUGGUGGAGGUAAAAAUGUACUCUUAAAUGACUCAUCAGUUGAUGAUGAUUUCCUCUCAAGUUCAUCGACAUCAGUUGUACACUGCGAUAUAAAUACUGAUAGCAUAAUUGCAAGCAAUGCUGAAUAUGAACAUAUUCAGGAUGUAUUGAUUGAAAAUGAGCAGAGAUUCAUACAGGAACAUGAAAUUGGUCUUGCUGUUCUUUAUUGUGAUGCUGCUGUGUAUUGCAAUCCUUCAUUUGAUCUCAACUCACAAAACACGUUUACUCAAGCACGUAUGGCAGAAACAGAACCAAACGCUACUGAAAGUCGGCCCUUUCAAUCAGAUGAAUCCAGCAUUGAUACAGUUGAAAGAAAAAGGCUAAGGAGUGUUGACAAUGAGGCAACAACAUCCGAAAAAGUAUCACCAGAGGACAACAAUUUGGCAAAGAAAUUCAAAGUCGAUGAUGCUCCAAUAAAUAUUGAUAGACCUUUCGCCCAAGAAAACGACAUCAUUUCAGAUAAUAUUUCACAUAGUUGCCUGGAUGACGACAAUUUAUGGAGUCAGAAUUUGGACAGUGCUUCUUUUCGACCAGAUAAAUCAGUUUUAGACGAUGAAGAAAUUAGUAAAAGAAAUAAAAUUAAUACUGAAAUUGAGUUGAGUAAAUUUGAAUCUGUUCAAAAUUUGCCUGUCCAUGGUGAAAAACCUCAAAAACAGUCAGACUCUGUCCAACCAGACAUCAACGAAAACCGUAAUACCUACUCAUCAGUCACAGAGAUUCAUUCACUUGAAGUAAAUAUGGAUAAACAAUCUCACAAAUCAUUACAUUCGGACCAAAUGAAACCUGACAAUCAUAUUCAGAAGAUGAUAAAGAAGGAGCCAAAUUUAACAGAACACCCUCCUCCUAACAAUAAAAUAACCAGCAGUGGGUAUGAUCCAUCUUUUCCAACUAACUUAUCCAUCACAGAUAUAGUUCCUCUAAUUGUCAAAAAGAAACUGAAAGUUACUGAUGAAAAUUUGCCAAUUAUUGGUGUAAAAAAUUUCAAGACAUUUAGGAAGAUAUGGCCAACUUACAUGAUCAAAAAAGUGCCCGAUAGACAGAAGGUUACAGAAUCAAGUCCUAGAUUUCCAUCUCGUAUAAUUGGGGGAAGUGAUUUUUUUGUCAAUGAAAGCAGGAAUGAUAGAUCUAAUGAUAUUGGAAAAUGGCUUGGUUGUGAAUCACAAAAUUUUGACCCAUUCAACAAAACACCAAGGGUAUGAAACUAACUAAAUUUUGGUUGACUGCAUACUAUAGUCAUCGUUUUGGCAUUUUAUAUGAAUGCUUCAAGGGUAAAAAUUAAAUGAUAAAAAAUAUAAUUCAGGAACUUCUCAUGCUAUUCAAAUUUCAAACACAAAAAUGAUGACUAGGGCCGUCUAAUAUUGGAAUGUAUUGAAAGUGACAAGACAAGAUCAUGUGACCCGAUUUAGCUGGUAUCUAAUUGACACACUUCAGGGAGGAAAUUAUUCAGAAUUUUAUUUUAUUUCUGACCAUUUUACGUUAAUUUGAUGAAUAAACCAUAUCUAAUUAUCUAUUCGUGGGACGCUAUCAGCUGCUUAGUAACAUAGACUUGGGGAUAUGCACACUCUUUGGGAAUAGAGAUAGUGUGGGGAUAGUUUUGUACAUUUACCUAAUAAACGAAUCUUGUUGGGGAUGCAUGUAUACGUUGUUGUAAAGUCGUCAAGGAUAGAUUGACUGACCUUCCUAUUUCCUAUUCAUCACUAUGUCAUUCAUUCUUCUUUUAAAUAAAAAAAAAAACUAUUGUUGUCUUAUACCCCAUUCAGUCCUUAGUUCCGGUCGAAGGAGUCUUAACCUUAUUUCCCCCACCCCUCAUCUUUUUUUCAAUCUGAAGGGGGCUCCCCUUUCUGCUGAAAUUUUUUAAAAACACUCGUUUAAUAUUUCUCAGUGGUAUAUGACCUUCUUGACCGGGAGAAUCAUGGCAGAUACAAAAAUUAUGGUGGUAUCUUCAAUUUCGUUAUGAGAAAUUCCACGCAUAAAUCACGCUAGUGCCUUUGAAUACUUGCUAACAUAUCCCUUUAGCGUUAUUUCCUAAAUUUAUAUUAAAAAAAGGCACAAAAUGUAUAGCAUGGUCACAUAUAUAUUCGCUAUCAACUUAUUAGAUGCGAUGGUCGGGCUAGCUUCUGUGCAGCCAACCUCGAAGUUUGUGUUUGUGUAUUAGUUUCAUGUCUUCGUUUACUUUCAUUCUAUUUCUUUCCUUGGGUUGAUAUGUAAAAGUGUUUGAAAUCCGCUCUCAGACAUGUAUGUAACGAAAAGCAGAAGUAUUUCAAAGUUUCGAAAUCUUUGGAUAUGAUUAUAUAAUAAUUUCGAUA